AUGGCGAGCGUGCCAGCGAGACCACCUCGCUACGGCAUCGAUCCCGCCAUGGACUCAGCCGGCUACGCGGCCGAUGCCAACUCCACCGCUUCUCACGGUUCGUCCAGCCGCUUUACCCCCGCUGCAGGCACUCGUUCCACCGGUACACCGGCCCCGGCACCGAUAGCACUGGCUGAAGUACUCGCUCGUUCCAACGCCGACCACGUCGCUGCUCUCGACCAAGUCUUAGCCGAACGAAACCAAUUCUGCCUCGACAAUACCAAGCUCUCUUCCGAGAACGUGCGCAUCUGGAACUUGAUGGGCCGUAUCCGCAAGGAGAACGAGAGCCUCAAGGCGAAAUUGGCCGAGAUCGAACGCGCGCACGGCAUUGCGCCUAGCGCCACCACCAAAGGGUCGCCUCUCAGCUCAGCACCCAACCAGACACCAAGCUCGCCGGCUGGCAAUCGCAGACGCCUUCCUUAUGCCAACGAGGGCGAGCGGUCGAGCAGCCCGCUCAGCUCGCCUCGUCACGCCCGACAAAACUCCCGUUCCGAUGCUACUGCUGCUGCACCUGCGACAGCACAUCCCGCAGUCGGGGCCUACCGAAACCCACCAGAGCUCGUUCAGCCGUCGUUCGGAUCCGCCGCUGCGCCCCACGAGGAAAAUCUGACUGGCUCUAACGCCAACGGCUCCAACCACGUCUACGACAGUCCCAUCACCAGCGUCGAUCAGGGCCCUUCGCACCGCACCCAGCCCGUCGACACCGGCAACGGCCCUCACGCUUCCAUUAUGCAGCAGAGGGCGGCUGCCCAAGCGCAAGCCCAGUCCAUGUCGCUCGCUCGUCCGGGCCAAGGUACAGGCGACCUCACCGACUCUCCCGCCAGCCACGAAGAUUUCGAAGCCAUCGAACGUAGCUCCGCUUCGGGCACUGACGAAAACCCACACCAGAUCGGAAUGACUCCCCGCACCCCCGUCCAAGACAGGUCUCGCACCCCUCACCAGCAAGGCUACUCUUCGCCGCAUGGCGCCACCGCUUCUCCCUAUCAGCCGCAGGUCGAUCGAAGCGCAGAGCAAGAAAGGUCGGUGCUGGCCUCCGGCCCCAACCGCAAUCGAACCGAAGUGACCCCCACCAUGAUCCCAUCCUCUGCCAGCACCCGAUCCCUCGCGUCCAGGACGGACGAUCGCAGCUCUCGAGGUCCCGGCUCGAAACGCUCCAAGGACGACGCCAAGAAGCGUGUGCUGGCUCCGCGCCUCGACUCGUCCCUCUUGCGUGUGGCCAGCGUCAAGAUCCAAGGCACCAACUACCGCUCGCCCGAUCGAGGCAAGGAAUCCAUCUCGUUCCUCAUCACUGUCGACAUUUUGCACCCUCCCGCCUCGUGGGGUCUCAACAGCAUGUCGUCAGGUGAACCCACCCCGCCUACCUCGUGGACCAUCGAAAAGAGCUACAGUGAUAUCGUCGGUCUCGAUGCCAAGCUUCGCAGCAAGGUGGGCAAGAAAGCAGCCCAGCGCCUGGCGCCUCUGCCCGACAAGGCUCUUUUCAAGGAUCAUGCGCCUGCUAAAGUCGAUCAACGCAAGGCGCUGCUCGAGAUCUACCUUCAGAGCCUCAUGGUGCUCGACCUGCCGGACAAGGACGAGGUCUGCACCUUCCUCUGUACCGACGUCGUCCCCAACCGCACUCGUGAUCCCACCUCUUGCAGCAAAGAAGGCUUCCUCACCAAAAAGGGCCAGAACCUCGGCCGAUGGGUCACCCGCUUUUACGUGCUACGCAACUCGUAUCUCAGCUACUUCGAGACGCGCGGCGGGGCCCAGAUCGGAAGUAUCAGCAUAAAGGAAGCACAGAUCGGUCGACAGCAGAAGAGCACUGCAGGCGAGCAGGACGAGAAUGCCUACCGCCACGCCUUCCUCAUCCUCGAAAAGAGGGACGCAAGCCACGAGGAACCAGCCCACAUUGCUCGACACGUGUUGUGUGCUGAGAGCGACGAGGAGCGAGAUGACUGGGUGGAUGUGCUGGUCCGCGCCAUUGCCGAGCUCGAUGGCAACACGGUCGACGAUUCGCCUGCUUCUCCCACCCAGGCCAUGAGCAAGAUGUCGCUCUCGCACAACCCUUCCACGCCAGGUCGAGAUGGUGGUUACAGCGGUCGCUUACCCGAUGCUGCCUUGAGCCCGUCUGCCGAUCUCUCGUCGCGGCCGUUGACACAUGAUGGAGAUCGCAGCGCGUCUGUUGCCCAAGAUCCCAACAGGACAACACCCGCGCGCUUGAACAGUCUCGACUCCACGGCUACCAGCAGGCAAGCCGCGUCCACCGUCCCUACUUCCUUACCGCACUCCGCCUCGUACCGCAGCUUCAACGAGCCACGAUCACCCGCCAGCACCCGACACGCCGAUUUGCAAGAACCUCCCGGCUCGCCUGGCCAACGCAAUGAGUCCCUCAGCCGUGGCAAGGCGUCCAUCAGUGGACCCAUCAACGGCGCGCCCAUCCCCGCCGGCUACAAGUUCGGGGCCAGGGACGACGUAGCGCCCGAUAGCAAGAAGGACGACAAGAAGCGAUUCUGGCAAGGAUUCCGAGCCUUUGGAGGCCACGACAAGCAGAACAGGGAGCCUCGACCCGUCUUCGGCGUGCCACUUGCAGAGUCGAUCGCGAUUUCGAGCAUUCACGAGGGCCUGGCGUUGCCGUCGGUUGUCUACCGCUGCAUCGAGUACCUCGAAAAGCGCAACGCAUUCAUGGAAGAGGGUAUCUAUCGUCUCUCUGGCUCGUCUGCCGUCAUCAAGACGCUCAAGGACCGCUUCAACAUGGAGGGCGACGUCGAUCUUCUUGCUGAGAACCAGUACUACGACCCGCACGCUAUCGCCGGUCUGCUCAAGACCUUUUUGCGCGAACUGCCCACCAGCGUUCUGACUCGCGAGCUGCACAUGGACUUUAUGCGCGUCAACGAGCUGCAAGACCGUGCUGAGCGCAUCAACGAGCUAGGAGAUCUUGUCUCACAGCUGCCUUUGGCCAACUACUCGCUCCUCCGCACGCUAUGCAGCCACCUGAUCAAAAUUAUCGAGCAUUCGGAUGUCAACAAGAUGACAAUGCGCAAUGUCGGUAUCGUCUUCAGUCCCACGCUCGCCAUCGGUGCUGGCGUCUUCGCGCUCUUCCUGACCGAGUUUGAUUCGGUGUUCGAGACUGAUGCCAACGGCGAACCAGCACCCAAGCGCAUCGAGGAAGAAGUUGCGCCCGUUGAUGUCAACGAACAGGGUUACAAUGGCGACGGCUCGGACAACGCCAAGCGCAACAAGCGCAACAGCGUGCAGUAUCGCGAGAGCCAAGCCGAUAGGUUGCUGGGACUUGAAGGACGCAGUCUGAGCCACAGGACCGUAGAUGAAGACAUGGAAGGAAUUCCUGACGAGCCGUCCAACCAGAGCUGGGUCGAGAACGGCGCCGCAGGCGGUGAGCGAAACUAUUCGAACAGACAAUUGGAGUACGAACAGCACACCGGCGAAGGCCAGCAGCAGCACCCGACGUUGCACCACAACCAAGCUGCGCCUUCGGCUGUGAUGAGCUAA